AUGGUCCAUUGUGUCUAGCUGCUCCAAAUUCUUGAUUCCAAUAACAUGGCCGAGAAUAAUACGGUGCGUUUCGGAAUCUUAGGCUGCGCCAAUAUAGCUAGGAAAGUGGCUCGAGCCAUCGCUCUAGCCCCCAACGCCACCCUCUGCGCCAUCGCGAGCCGUUCCAAAGAGAAGGCGGAGAGGUUCGCCGCCGAAAACUUCUUGCCGGAGAGCGUGAGGGUUUAUGGGAGCUAUGAUGAGGUGGUGGAUGACCCAGGCGUGGACGCCGUGUACGUUCCCCUCCCCACGUGUCUGCACGCGCGGUGGGCGGUUAAAGCCGCAUGUAAGAAGAAGCACGUGCUGGUGGAGAAACCUGCGGCUCUUGACGUGGCGGAGCUUGAUCGGAUCCUGGAAGCGUGCGAAUCGAACGGCGUGCAGUUCAUGGAUGGUGCCAUGUGGUGGCAUCACCCUAGGACUGCCCACAUCGAACACCUCCUCUCUGUUUCUCAUUCUAGGAGCAUUGGCCCAAUUCAUUUUAUUCACAGCACAUCAACUAUGCCAGCAACACCUGAAUUCCUAGAGAACAAUAUUAGAGUAAAGCCAGAGUUGAAUGCCCUUGGUGCUCUUGGUGACUUGGCUUGGUACUGCAUUGGUGCUUCCUUGUGGGCAAAGGGCUACCAACUACCAACCACCGUCACUGCUCUCCCUGACGCCGCAAGAAACGCCGGAGGAGUCAACUUGUCAAUCACAGCCUCCUUGCAAUGGGACCAACCAAACAAAACAGUUGCAACCAUUCGUUGCUCAUUUCUUUCUCACACGUCCAUGGACUUGUCCAUAUGUGGUUCCAAUGGGUCUGUGCAUCUCAAGGACUUCAUAAUCCCUUACCGGGAGACUAGUGCUUCUUUUGACUUCACAUUUGGUGCAAAGUUUGUUGACCUUCACAUUGGGUGGAAUGUGAGACCAGAGGAAGUUCAUGUGCCCACUAAUCUCCCACAAGAAUCCCUUAUGGUGCAAGAGCUUGCUAAGCUUGUUGCAAGUAUUAGAGAUUGUGGGUCUCGCCCCUCUACCAAAUGGCCUGAAAUUACUAGAAAGACUCAACUUGUAGUUGAUGCAGUGAACAAGUCCCUAGAGCUUGGCUGCAAACCUGUUAGCUUGUAGAUGAAGUAACAAAGCAUGUUGCCAUUUAAGUUACAAACAAGUUGACACUUUAUAAGAAUUCAUUAUUUGAGAAGUAAACAA